AUGACAUCUACUCCCACAGAAUCAUCAGCAACACUAGGCCCCACAACACCAGCUACCAUUGCUUCAACUCCCACAGAGCCGUCAGCAACAACGCUGUACCCAGUUCCCUCAACUUCUACAACGCCGUCCUCAAUAACGCUGCCUCCCGCGUGCCCUAGUGCUACUCCUACGCAGACAUCAAGAACACUAGGCCCCACAACACCAUCCAUCAUGACAUCAACUCCCACAGAAUCAUCAGCAACACUAGGCCCCACAACACCAGCUACCAUGGCUUCAACUCCCACAGAGCCGUCAGCAACAACGCUGUACCCAGUUCCCUCAACUUCUACAACGCCGGUGUCAGUAACGCUGCCUCCCGCGUGCCCCACUGUCACGCCUGGACAGACCUCAAUAACACAAGGCUCCAAAACCCCAGCUACCAUGACUUCAACAUCCACAGAAUCGUCGUCAAUAAUGCUGUACCCAGUUACCUCAACAUAUACAACACCAGGGUCAGAAACACCACCUCCGGAAUGCUUUGUGGACCAACACACACAGAGUCAACAGAACACAAGAGGACAAGCGACGGGAACACAAGCGCCUCCAGUGUACAGAAUCUCCCCCAUGCCUUACAUACCGGGCAGGGUAAUGCUACCACCUCAACCCAGCCCACAACAGGCCCAUCCGUACCAGCCUUACUUCUCGCAGCGGGGUUACGAGAAACGGUGA